AUGGGUCCUCACCCAGCAUACGUGUUAUCAUCGGUCCUAUUGCUUCUAAACUUACCAGCGUCGAAGCAAACCGAAUGGGUGCCGUGCGUCGAGCUGAAGCGGGACUUGCAGAUCCCAUGCGAGUGUUCUGUGACCGUUGGGGAACACGUUGGCGGUCGGUCGAUAGACGUGAAUUGCGACGGGGCGAUUUUCACGCGGGACACAGUGGAGAUCCUCCGUGGACAACCGAUCGUCUCGAUCAGUCAGCGGAACAGCGGGUACCGCGAGUUGCCGCAAGAUUUGCUCGGAUCGGGGCUACGAUUAAGGAAGCUCGAUCUAUCCGGCAAUUCGAUCCGUAAGCUGAUGAAUCGUUUGCUCGAAGAACAACCACGUCUGGAGGAGCUCAGGCUCGCCGAUAAUCUGCUGGGCGACAGUCUGAAUCCCAUAUUCUCGAGCAACGAGUUUCACGGCAUGAAAGAAUUGAAAUUGCUCGAUCUCAGCGGAAACGGCCUGAGGAGCAUCGAGGAGGGGAUAUUCAAGGGAUGCGAGAGCCUCGAGCAACUGUACUUGGACGAGAACGAUCUGACGACGGUGCCGACCGCGUCGUUGAAAGGACCGACGUCCAUCAGGUUGCUGUCCUUGGCUGGCAACGAUAUCGGAUCGCUACCGCGUGCUGCCUUUUCGUCGAUCGGCGAGUCGUUGCUACGUUUAGAUCUGAGCGAAAAUGAAUUGUCGCACAUGGAGGAUGGUGCAUUGCUCGGCCUCGAACGGUUACUACUGCUCAAUCUUUCCCGCAACGAUCUAGGUCGUUUCAACAGCGACGCAUUCGAAGGUGCAUACAAUUUGCUACAAUUGGACCUAUCGGCAAAUUUUCUCCAAGAAUUUCCCACCGACGCGAUUAGGCUGUUGACCGAUCUCAGAUUUCUUAACAUUUCGAACAACUUAAUCAUGAACAUAAAUGGAGCGCAUCUGACCGGGCUGAGAGAGUUGCAGGUGUUGGAUCUUAGUCGGAAUAGCAUCGGUCGACUCGGUGUGAAUGCGUUCGCCGGUCUGGCCAGCCUGACCAGGCUCGAUUUGAGCCUGAACGCUUUACGCACGAUCGAAGAAUCGUCGUUCGAAGGCUUGACCAAGCUGAAAUGGUUGUCACUGCGGGACAACAACAUUUUGCUGGUGCCGGCCACCGCUCUGGUCAGGCUACCGUCGUUGACCCAUCUCCACCUGGAAUACAAUCGCAUAGCCGCGUUGUCCACCGAGCUGAUAAAAGCAACGGCGUUCGGUCUCGCGACGCUCGUAUUGACCCGAAAUCUGGUGCGAGAGAUACCGGCCGGAUCGUUCCGCGAGUUCAAGAAUCUCUACGGUAUAGAUCUAUCGGGAAAUCUGCUCUUGACGAUCACACCGAAUACGUUCGAGGGAUUGGAAGACACGUUGGCGAAACUGGACGUUUCACGGAACAAACUGACAUCUAUCGGCGAGCUCCCGUUGCGAAGUCUGAUCCACUUGGAUCUGGCCGGUAACCAAUUGACACGAGUCCCGCCGGAAACGUUCAAGCAUCUGGAAAGAUUGGAAUAUCUGAAUCUAAGCUUGAAUCCUCUUUACGGAGGCUUUCCACCGGUCUUUCCAUCCUCUAUUCGGCGUCUGGACGUGUCGCGAACCGAUCUGAAGAUCCUACCGACGAUUCUACUGUCUAACCUCGAAUCCCUCGAGAGAAUUGCACUCGUCGGAAAUCAUUUGGAGGUAAUUGAGACGGGUACGUUUCGACGACAUCAAAACCUGUCGAGGAUCGAUCUUUCCGAGAAUCGAAUCGAUACCAUCGAGAACGAGGCUUUCGCGGGUCUGACUAGUCUGUACGAUUUGAAUCUGGGCGGGAACAGGCUCACACGGUUCACCGGAGAGUAUUUCGACACAGGUACCGGGAUGGCGAUCUUGGACCUCUCGGACAAUCGUAUAGAACGUCUGUCGGCCACAGCGUUCGCAAUACAUCCGCGAUUGAAACGGCUCGAUCUUUCGGGCAAUCGGUUGCUACACUUCCCCGGCGAGUACGCGAGACCCUUGCAGUUUUUGGAACAUCUGGACCUGUCCAGAAACACGUUGAAACGUGUUGGCGAGUUCGCCUUCUCUCAGAUCCCGCGGCUACGGGUUCUGAAUCUCGCGGGGAACGGGAUCGAGUCGGUCGACGAUCUGGCCUUUCAUAAUUCCACGCAACUGCAGAUGCUGGACUUGUCCGACAACGUGAUCGAAACGCUCAGCGAGCGAACGAUGGAGGGUCUGCUGCGCGUGCGUCAUCUGGCGCUUCAAGACAACCGACUGGCCACCCUGCCGGAAACGAUCUUCGAUCCGAGUCGAGUUCGGGCGGUGGAGAGCAUUGAUCUCUCGGGCAAUCGUUUCAACGAGAUUCCAGCUGGCACGCUGCAACGACAAUCCGCGUUCCUGUCGCGAUUGAACGUCGCGCGGAAUCAUAUGAUUGAGGCGUUCAGUCGGGACAUUCCGAGCAACCUGAAGGACCUCGAUCUCUCGGGCAAUCCGUUAAGCGAGACGGCGAUCAACGGGAUUCUGGGCGAGGCAAAGAUUCUUCGUAGCUUGAAUCUCGCGAACACAGGUGCAAAAACGCUGGUCAGGCUCGAGACGCCGUUCCUGAAACGAUUGAAUCUCUCCGGGAACGGCAUCCCCGCGGUCGAGAUCGCCGCCCUCGAGCGCACCACGAUGCUAGAGAGCCUGGACUUGUCCAGGAACAACCUGACGGAUUUCACGGAGGCAAUCGUGGCGUUUCGCGCAUUACCGACCCUUCGAUGGCUCGACGUAUCUGGAAACGACGCGAGGACCGUCAACGAGACCAGUUUCGACGGACUGACCGCCCUUCGGACGCUACGUGUCUCCGAUUUGGCGAACUGCACGAGAAUCGAGAGGGGCGCGUUCAAACCAUUGUCGAAGCUUCGCGUUCUGUCCGCGCACAACUACCCGAAACUCGGUUACUUCGACGUUCAGGGUAUCCUGAAGGGAAUGCGUAACCUGGAGACGUUGGACAUCGAGAUCAAGGACUCGUCGGUGGGCAACGAACAGCUCUCGAUACGCGAGCAUCCACGUUUACGAGAACUGACACUAAGGGGCGAGAGACUGAGGAACAUUCUGUCUAGCUCGUUGGUCGGCGUCCGCGAGCCCAAGCUGACCGUGGGGAUAAAGAACACCUCCGUCGAUACGAUACCGGCCGCGCUGUUUUUCCCAGUCCCGCGUUCCACCGAGUUGGAGAUCGACCUGUCGGGCAGUAAGUUCACCACGAUCUCGUCCCACUUGCUAGCCGCCCUCGACGAAAGGACAGGUACCGCACGGCUUCGCGGCCUCGAGAGCAAUCCCAUCGAUUGCAGCUGCGAGGCGAGACACCUGUGGAAAUGGUUGAGAACCGCCGCAUGGGACGAACGGUCCACGAAACACGUACGAUGUAUUUCUCCGCCUCGUCUGGCCGGCUCGGUACUGAUCGCCCUCGACGAAAAACGUCUGUCGUGCAACACGUCCGAUAUCGACGACACGAAUCAUAGGACCACGUUACUAGGCACGGACGCCACCGCCGCCUCGUCCACUCACGCCCCGAGGACGCCGACGGUGACCGAACCGGAGAUCAUAUGGACGAUCGCGCCGACGACACGAAACGAUCGUAACAAACACUACGACCGCGAUCGAAUCCUCGAGUCAGGGACGAUCGGAAACAGUUCUGGAACAGACGACACUCUCAUAAUCGGUAUCGUGGGCGGUGUGGUCGCGCUCAUAGCGAUCAUCGUGAUCGUCGUUUGUAUCUGUCGGCUCAGAUGGUCAAAUAGGAUGGAGGAGGCGAGAAUGGCCGCGGGUAGUAUUCAAGACGCCUCGAUGAUCAGACCGGGCAGCGCCUAUUCCGGCAAGAUUAACCACGACCUCUAUAUAAGCUCAUACAACGGAUCCACGUUGGACCGCGGGAACGCCGCAGCCCCGCCCCUGCCGCCCUCGAUCUCGUCGCCCCCCUUACAAAUGAUGCCGUUCGUACAACCAAUGCACCUGAUGCACACCCUUCUGACUCCGAACGCGCAGCAACAACCGCCCCAGUCGUAUCCGCCGUCCCAACAGUUUUACGGAUACUGCGACGGUUCCUCGAUGCCUCUUUACGUCACCUGCUCCGCGGAUACUAAAUGCGACAGAUAA